AUGGAAAUUGUGGAGGCCAACCCACGACCAUUCCUGCCAUUUGCAUUAUGUUUUGAGGCUAGGUAUUAUCAUGAUGACCUUGAUCCUUUCACUUCCUUUGAAAUUAACCAGAAUGGUCGUCCCCAUGGUGUCACGGCCCAAAAACUCAUUGAAGAAGGUCUGGCUAGUUCUCUAGAGAACUGGAAUAGACCCUGCAUUCUCAACCUUUAG